AUGCGCUCCAUCAAGCGUGUGUCGUUAGUUGGAGGCACGCAUGGAAACGAACUGUCGGGCAUCUAUUUGGUUCGCUCACUCCUUCGUCAGCCCUCCUGGCAUGAUUUCCCCUCCUUGGACAUUGAUUGCCUCUUGGCGAACGAGGAGGCGAUCCAGCUGGGCCGCCGCUUCAAAGACUGCGAUUUGAAUCGGUGCUUUUCGAAGUCCAAGCUCCAAGAUCUCCAAGAUGAACGCUAUGAAUCCCGGCGUGCUCAAGAACUCAACCAGCGCAUCGGUCCACGGUUCUCGGCUGAAGCUGCUGAUCUCUGUAUCGAUUUACACAACACAACCAGCAACUUUGGAUGUGGGAUCAUUAUUACCAACACCUCUUCGCCGAACUUACACUGGAAAUUGCAGCUUUGUCACUUCCUUUCCCGCACUUGUCCCAGAGUUCGCAUCGUCUUCGACUGCAUUGGGGACUGCUCUGAAGAGCCCUUCUUGCCACUGGUGGCCAAGAAUGACUUGACCUUCGAGCUGGGGCCUCAAGCACAUGGUACACUCCAAGCAGAGGUGUUUUGGAACCAACGCAAGUUGGUCUUGCAGACGCUAGACUUUCUGGAACGAUUGAACUCUCAAACGCUGUCCGAUGAAGAAAGAUCAGAGAAGACGCUCGAGGUCUACAUCCACACUGGUGUGGUUCACUAUCCCAUGAGGUCUGACGGAAGCCUGGCCGCUUUGAUUGCCGCUGAGCUUCAAGGUCGGGACUUUGAAGCGCUACGACCUGGGGAUCCGGUCUUUCAGGCACGGCUGUGCUGCCAAAGAGCAGCUUCGCUGGAGCCAGAGUGCUACCCCAUGUUCAUCAAUGAGGCUGCGUAUGUGUCGAGCGGCAUCGCUUUCCAAAAGACGAUGCGAUGCGAGCUCAAGAUUCCGGAGCUCCUUGGACGGCGAAGAGAGUCGACCGACGGAGACCGGGACACCGGGGGUGGCCUUCGAUCACCUGAGGUGGUCAAAAGCAAUGCGCAGUUCUACGACUUGGCAACCCUUCAGCUGGGACUCCGGGAGCGCCAUGUGGCCAGUUCGCCCAAAGAGCUCCAGUUGCUGCUCCACAAGGGGCCGCCCGGGUUUGUGGAAGUUGAUGGCUAUUGGCGGCUGUUGCCAGAAAGAUUGCAGCGAGAGGCUGUCGAUGGGAAUGCCUUGCUUGAGGAGGUGCAGAAGACGCUGUCAGAUGGCGAGGCUGUGACACUCAACGUGUUGGGAUUGGUCCAUUUGGAGCGAUUCUGUGCGAGAGAGGUUCCAAGUGGCUCCCGUCGCACGACCGUUGUGGCGCCCUCAGCCACCGUUGUGGCCCCAUCCAUUAACUCUGCCAGUCGUUUUGCGGAGAAAAAGACUUUGAGUGGAGUUGAUCCCCCCUCAGCCGUGGAGUUGAUCCCCUACUCGCAUUCCUUCCAGUUGCUGGCAACUCGAACACGUGUGGAUGAGCUUGAGGACCCCAAUGAGCGCUUGAAGAGACUCUUUGAAGUGCAAUCACAUUGGCGGUUGCCAUGGGAGGGCCAAGAGAAGCCCAAAGUGGCCAAAGCCUUGAACUUAGCACAAAAUAGGUGGCUGCGCGCCACGGGACAUGAAGCUAUUCGAGUUCUCCAUGAGGAAGACGAUCGAAGUGGCAGAACAGUGGAGUUUGGUGAUGCCUUUCACAUCGUUGAAAACAGAGUCCAAGGAAUUGGUUCAGGUGAUGACGGAGCUCCGGGUGUUGAAGAGCAUGGCCAGGUGUGGAAGGCCACCAAAAGGAGCGCCUGGCCAAUUCAGCAGCGGAGCUGGAGUUGCUUACUGUGCAUCAAUGGUCAUGGGGUUGCACGUGAUGAUGCACAAGCCGUGGUCUGGAUGCGACCUGCAGCAGAGCAGCUGGAGGCCAUGCAGAAGUUGGGCUGCAGAGGGCGAG